CCCGGGAGCGCAGGGUUUGGGGCGAAGGUCCGGGAGGCCCGGGCGCUCGCUCAUGCGGAGGAGUGGGACCCCGGACUCCAAGCUCUCUGCUGUGUGGCGUCAGGCCGUCCCUUCCUGUCCCCACCCCGCUUUCCCGGUUUCCUUUGUCGCCAGUUGCGGGCUUAGCUCGGUGUCCCCUGCGCUCUCCCCAUCCCACGCGGGGGUCCGGCCCUUCCCCUGUGCCAGGCCGGGGUACUGGGGAGCGGGUGGUGUGAUGCUGCUCGACUAACGCCCGGGACCCCGAGGCACAGAGGGGGCUUGGUUCACGCCAGAGGCCACUGGCCGGGGCUGAGUCGCUCCUGGCCACCCGCUCUCUCCCAGGUGACCCGGAGGUAGCAUUUUCUCAGAGCCGCAGCCCGCUUGGGAUGGGCGCAGCCUGGCCAGAUGGACGAGAAGACCAAGAAAGCUGAGGAGAUGGCCCUCAGCCUCGCAAGGGCAGUGGCCGGCGGGGAUGAACAGGCAGCUAUGAAGUAUGCCAUUUGGCUAGCAGAGCAGCGGGUGCCCCUUCGUGUGCAACUGAAGCGGGAGGUCUCCCCGACACAGGACAUCAGGCUGUGUGUGAACGUGGAGGAUGUCCAGAUGCACACCGUCACCAUCUGGCUCACAGUGCGCCCAGACAUGACUGUGGCCUCCCUCAAGGACAUGGUCUUUGUGGACUACGGCUUCCCCCCGAUCCUGCAGCAGUGGGUGAUUGGGCAACGGCUGGCACGAGACCAGGAGACCCUGCAUUCCCAUGGGGUGCGGCGGAAUGGGAACAGUGCCUUCCUCUACCUGCUGUCAGCCAGCAAUACCUCGCUCAAUCCUCAGGAGCUGCAGCGCCAGCGGCAGCUGCGGAUGCUGGAAGAUCUGGGCUUCAAGGACCUUACACUGCAGCCACGAGGCCCCCUGGAGCCAGUCCCUGCCAAGCCCGGGGCCCCUCAAGAGCUGGGACGGGGACAGCCAGAUGCACCACCAGAGCACCCACCAGUGGGCUGGCAGUGCCCAGGAUGCACCUUCAUCAAUAAGCCCACGAGGCCUGGCUGUGAGAUGUGCUGCCGGGCGCGGCCGGAGACCUACCAGGUGCCGCCUUCAUACCAGCCUGAUGAGGAGGAGCGAGCGCGCCUGGCCAGCGAGGAGGAGGCACUGCGCCAGUACCAGCAGCGGAAGCAGCAGCAGCAGGAGGGGAACUACCUGCAGCAUGUCCAGCUGGAUCAGAGGAGCCUGGUGCUGAACACGGAGCCCGCUGAGUGCCCCGUGUGCUACUCGGUGUUGGCGCCCGGUGAGGCCGUGGUGCUGCGUGAGUGUCUGCACACCUUCUGCAGGGACUGCCUUCAGGGCACCAUCCGCAACAGCCGGGAGGCGGAGGUCUCCUGCCCUUUCAUCGACAACACCUACUCGUGCCCUGGCAAACUGCUGGAGAGGGAGAUCCGGGCGCUUCUGCCCCCUGAGGACUACCAGCGCUUCCUGGACCUGAGCGUCUCCCUCGCGGAGACCCGCAGCGCUUUCAGCUACCACUGCAAGACCCCUGACUGCAAGGGCUGGUGCUUCUUUGAGGACGAUGUCAAUGAGUUCACCUGCCCCGUGUGCUUCCACGUCAACUGUCUGCUCUGCAAGGCCAUCCACGAACACAUGAACUGCAAGGAGUAUCAGGACGACCUGGCCCUGCGGGCUCAGAAUGAUGUAGCUGCCCGGCAGACAACUGAGAUGCUCAGGGUGAUGCUGCAGCAGGGCGAGGCCAUGCAUUGCCCACAGUGCCGGAUCGUGGUGCAGAAGAAGGAUGGCUGUGACUGGAUCCGCUGCACUGUCUGCCACACUGAGAUCUGCUGGGUCACCAAGGGCCCACGCUGGGGCCCUGGGGGCCCAGGGGACACCAGUGGGGGCUGCCGCUGCCGGGUCAAUGGGAUUCCUUGCCAUCCCAGCUGUCAGAACUGCCACUGAGACAGAGAUGGCUAGUCCCCAUGCUGACCCAGCCUCAUGUCUAUAGGCAGUUGUUGGGCAGGUCUGGGCCUGGGGCUUUGGCUCUUGAUUUCUGGCCUGUGGGAGGCCUUUGUGCUUGGCUGAGGCAAAGCAUAGGCAUUACAAUGACCCCACCCGAACCAGCUGUUGUCCAGUCACAUCUGCUCCAGUGCCUUUGCCCUUCUCCUGGGGCUUGCCAGGCCAGAUGUAUCAUUGCUUCUGGCAGCUCCCACCUCUGCCCAGUGUCAGCCUUAAACACAGCCCCUGGCCAGAGGCUUCACUGGCUGGAACUUCUGAGUGACUCCAUUCUCACCCUCAUCACCCUCACCCCUGGACACUGAGCACCGCAGCCUCCCCCAUUCCCCUGCCAGCUUUCUGGGUGACUGCUCUGCUGUUGCUGUCAGAGGCCUGGUGCCUCUUGGGGCUGCUUGAACCUGUUCAGAGCCAGAAAGAGAGUGGUAGGGCCUCACUCUGCCUCUCCCUGUCACUGUGUAAGGGAAUUAAAAUGGCUUUCCAGGAAGGGGUGUGUGUGAUGUCCUUGAGAAAGAGUGACUGUCAUGACCUGGGGCUCUACUCACAGGCACAAUGUCAGGAAAGUGAUCUGUUGACCUUUUUAGUGGUAGGGUAAGGCUAUGACUGAGCUCUGGGAUCCCUAUAGACCUGGCACCCCUGGGCCCAAUUUCAGGGGCAAGGACACUCUCCAGCCAGUGUUAGGUGGGACAGGUAGAGUUUGCAGGGCAUCAGGUCUGCAGAGCCGGGUGUGUGGGAGGGAGGUUGGUGGGAAAGUCCCACUGUUCCCUUUUGCCCUCUUGGUGGGCAUCCAGAGUGAGGACCAGAGCUACCUCAGGAACAGUCGAGGUUGCUGCUAUGGAGUGAGGAGGCCUGUCAUGCUCAACGUAUCAGUCAAGACAUAAGUGUUGACCUAGGAAUUUUGUUAGUGCUCACUGCUGGGCAGAUUAGUGAAGUACUGGACUCGGUGUCCAUUCUGUGUGCUUUUCUUCUACCCUGUCACCCUACUGAGAGCUAGUAUUUGAUGCCCAACACAUGGUCUGCCCACAAUGUGAUUCUUACAGCAGGCCAAGGCACCUCUGCUGUUCAAGGCCUCACUCCAGGCUCCAUGAUGGGCUGGUGGUUUUUGGGGGGACAGGUUUAUUCUAGCCCCUGGCACUGCCACCCUGUUGUUGAAUGCUCAGACUGAAGAGUUGAUUCAGGGCCAUCAAGAAGUAGCUCAAGCAGUAAGAGCGCCUGCCUAGCAAGUGUGAGGCCCUCAGCUCAAACCCCAGUGCCCCCCCCAAAUAAAAUAAAAAAUGU